CGCGGGGGCUGGGAGCGGGCCCGGCUGGGGCUGAUUUACGGCUCUGCUGAAAACCGUUUCGCUCCCGCAGCAGCAGCACCGGCCGCGGCGGCAGCAGCAGCGGCUGCAGCUGCAGCAACAAGUCGGGACUUUUAGAGUAAUGCAACAGAAGGCUUUUGAGGAAAGCAGAUACCCCUGGCAGGAGUCCUUGGAAAAUGUUGCUGUGUGCCUGCCUUUCCGCUGCCCGAGGUGUGGAGACCAUACCAGAUUUAGAAGCCUGUCGUCGUUGAGGGCCCAUCUGGAAUUCAGUCACAGCUACCAGGAAAGAACCCUCUUGACAAAAUGCAGCCUCUUUCCAUCCCUCAGAGACACAGACCUAGUCACCUCCUCAGAGCCCCUGAAACAGGGAAAAUUGCAGAGUUGUGGCAACGUGGUGAAGCAGAAGCCGAGCUAUGUUAACUUGUAUAGCAUUUCGCACGAACACUCCAAGGACAGGAAGCCAUUCGAAGUGGUGGCGGAGAGACCUGUGUCCUAUGUGCAGACCUACACUGCAGUGGACCUCCGUGCAGACUCGCUGGAUGGGCCGAGGUCGAGUCCCGGGCUUCCCACCCCAGACACCAAAGCUGCUUUUGAGGCACAUAUCAGAGAAAAGUUCAAUCGGAUGGUCGAGGCCGUGGACAGGACCAUCGAGAAGAGAAUCGAUAAACUCACCAAAGAUUUGGCCCAGAAAACUGCCGAACUGUUGGAAGUUCGGGCAGCUUUUGUUCAGCUGACUCAGAAAAAGCAGGAAGUUCAGAGACGCGAGCGGGCCCUGAAUAGACAGGUAGACGUGGCCGUGGAGAUGAUCGCGGUGCUCAGGCAGCGCCUGACUGAAUCCGAGGAGGAGCUGCUCAGGAAAGAGGAAGAAGUUGUUACAUUCAACCAUUUCCUCGAAGCAGCAGCUGAGAAGGAGGUUCAAGGGAAAGCUCGGCUCCAGGACUUUAUUGAGAACCUGUUGCAACGGGUAGAACUGGCGGAAAAGCAGUUAGAGUACUAUCAAAGCCAGCGGGCUGCCGGCCUUGGCCAAGACAUCAGUGAGCACGUGCUUACAGAUAUCUCCUCAAAUAGGAAACCCAAAUGCCUAAGCCGAGGGCACCCACAUUCUGUGUGUCACCACCCCGAUCUCAAGGCCCAUUUUCAUCCAAAGGGAAGGAGCUACCUGAAAAAAGCCAAGGAGGACAGAGCCAGCAAGCAGCCUGCCAAGUCCAUUCACGAACAGGCUGAGUCCCCAAGAGAACUCUGCAGACCACCGAAGAAAGGGGAGCUUCUGGUGUUUAGCCGGAAAGGCAACGUCAGGCCCAAAAUGGCCAAAAAAAAGCCAACAGCAAUCGUGAACAUCAUCUGAAGGGGUGGGUGGCUCUGGACCACCAUCGCUGGGCUUUGGGGAAUGUUGUUCUAGGGGCCAAGAGUAAUGUUCUUUUGGGCACAUCCCAGAGUAGGACACGUUGGGAAAGCAAAGGGUAUAAUAAUUUAUUUCAUGUCCGUACAGGUGCCUGGAUUAACCAGAAUUUAACAAACAGAAAUCUCAGUGAACCAGAAUUUUUUUACAGCCCCUUUUUAGAAGCAAGAGGCAAAUUACAGAAAUAAUUUCAAAAAUGAAGACAGUCUUAUCCCAAAGUUUUAGUAAAACAAAGUUCCAACUUCUAAAAUAAUUAGCCCAGUCUCCAGUAGUUUCCAGAUCUGGGAUUCUAUGCAGUGGUCAUUCAUUCUCAGACCCAAGGCCACACAAGAUGUCAGGUACAGGGAAAAAAUUCAUCUGUGUCCCCUGCUCUCUGAAUUGUGAGGCAAGGAAUGGGAAUGUAAAGUUCUGUUAGUAGCAGUAAAAUAAAAGUAUUUUUGUUUGUUUCUAACCUUCCCCUCAAUUAAUUUGGAAGCCUCCAAAAUAAGGAUGCUUGUUUCGUCGAGUAUUCUGGUUAAUCAAGAUUUCAGUGUUUGGGUUGCUUCAGGGACUCGUUCAGUCAGACUUCAGUUCUCAUUUUGAUGGACUGUUUUCCGGUUUGUUUGAUUCAGGCUUUUUGUUUCCCUGGAUGCAUGUUUAUUCCAAUUUCGGUGCACCUCUGCUCUCUUUGGCUGAGUACUCUCCACCCUAAGACUGUGCUGCCAGCCUCUGUCCUAA